GGUCCCCAUUGGGCACGAAGCAGGUCUGGGGCCUGACGUCGCAGUCAUCACCCUCGUGCCUGGCAGUCAGCGACGCACACAUGGGAUCCUCUGCGUCCAAGGCUGCCCUUGGGGCCACCACCAAUGAGCCCAGGGAACCAGGGGCGAAACACCUGGCCGAUCUAACACAGUACAUAAAUGAAACAAAUAUGAGUGUUGAACACCUGGCUAAUAUUCUUUCUGAGAAAACUGGGAGCAGCAGCUGGGUGGUGGUGUUCAAAGCCCUGGUUACCAUACAUCACCUUAUGGUGCAUGGAAAUGAGCGUUUUAUCCAACACCUUGCAUCUCGAAACUCUUUGUUUACUUUACACAACUUUCUGGAUGACAGUGUCAUAGAAGGCUAUACUAUGUCAACUUUCAUCAGACGAUACAGCAGGUACUUGAAUGAAAAGUCACUUGCAUAUAGAUUGAUAGCAUCUGACAUUACUAAAACCAAGAGAGGGGCAGAUGGUGUAAUGAGAACUAUGAAUACCAAAGAACUGCUAAACACACUUCCAGUUAUUCAAACUCAGUUUGAUGCUCUUCUUAAUUUUAAUGCAAAUCCAGAUGAACUAAGUAAUGGUAUAAUACAUGCUGCUUUCAUGCUGCUCUUUAAAGAUUCUCUUCGUCUCUUUGCAGCCUACAAUGAAGGAAUCCUUAAUCUGCUAGACAAGUAUUUUAACAUGAGGCGAAGCCAAUGCAAGGAAAGUUUGGAUAUUUACAUCAAAUUCCUUGGAAGAACAACCAAAUUGACACAGUUCCUGAAAGUUGCAGAGCAAGUUGGAAUUUACCAGAGCAACCUUCCGUAUCUUACUCAGGCACCCCACAGUUUAACUGAAGCACUAAAACAGCAUUUAACUUAUUUGGAAAAGAAAAAUGACGAUUUAUCGCCUUACAGUCUCCGGCAUGAAUUUAUUCCACCCACCCCAUUUGGCCCAGUUGUGAAAGCCUCAACAAGCCAACCUUCAGGUACAGAUCGGACAUGAAGUGGUGUCAACCUUCAGAGAUGGAAAUCAAUACUGGAAUGAAUUGGCAAUUGAAUACCUAUAUCUGCACAUCAACCAUCUGGAAUCCCAUUUCUGGAAGAAAAGUGGUAACAUUUGUGCUCUAUUAUUACUUUCAUUUUAUGGUAUAUACAUAUUACAUCUAUUUCUCUUAAGAAAAUACAGCAAAAGGAAGAAUUAAAGGAAAAAAAUGUUAGUCUUUUGUAAAUGGGAAGGGACCAAAAAGUAGGAGGAGAAGGGAAGGAUGGGAGGGGUGGAGGAUAGAAGAAGAACUAAGAUGUACUGUAUGCAUGUAUCAACUCCUCAUGAUGAAUAUAAUUAUUGGGUACUUCAUAGAUGUGCCUACAAUAAGGAUGUAAACCAAGAAAACUUUUCUUUUUAAUCAGAUUUAAUGUAUUUGUUCUAAACACAUUAAACUAUUCCAGAAACUAUAAUGUGGAAAU